GGGACUCUUGCUAAUGGGAGGAGAAACUGAGUAUCAACAACGGGUUUUGGCCAAAACGUGCUAGGUGCAUUUUUCCCCUUAAUGAAACAAGCGACCGUCGGAAGAGAAGCUUCUUUCAGCCACCUUGGAUGAAGAAGAAUCCUGCAGUAGACGCGCGAUAAGUUUAAAAGGACUUUAAACUGCCCGAGGCUGGACUUGCUGUUUCUUGUAUUUCUAUCCUUGGGAAGUCUGAUCAUCAUGAGGGAUUAAUGUUUUUGGGUGGAAAAUGUGAUUACUUUUUCAACUGGUUUAAGGUCCUUGACAUUAUUGAUUAAAGUGAUCAAAUAAACCCGAGGGGAAUCUGCAAGAAGAGUCUAAACAUCGAUGGAGUGAAAUGUUAAACUUCCAAAAGUGCCUGCAGCAAGGUCAGGAGAUGUGUGAAGCAGCGUGACGGACGGCCAUGGGACUGGAGAGAAGGUGGCUUCAGGCGAUCACCACCACUCUUGCCAUCUUUCUGCUAAGUGUGUCUCAAAGUUUGUCAUCAGUUGUUCGGGGCAGAGAGGGGGGCUCUGCCGAGCUGGGUUGCAGUCUCGCUUCAAAAUCCGACGGCGCCACCAGCCCAAACAUCUUCCCGCUACAUGUGGUGGAGUGGGUGCGGCUCGGUUACAGCGUUCCCAUCCUCAUCAAAUUUGGGGUGUAUGCUCCUCGAGUUCAUCCCAACUACAAGGGGCGGGUCUCCCUGACCCGCGGCGCCUCCCUGCUGGUGGAACGGCUAACCCUCGAGGAUGAGGGCUGGUUCGAAUGCCGCAUCCUGCUACUGGACAGCAAAACGGACAACUUCCAAAACGGCACGUGGACCUUCCUCUCCAUCACAGCCCCACCAGUGUUUAUCAAGACACCACCAACUUUUGUGGAGGUUUUGCUCGGAGACUCUCUGACGCUCAGCUGUGGAGCUCAUGGCAACCCUCGCCCAACUGUUGUGUGGCACAAAGAUGAGAGCCCAAUCGCAAAACAUGAAAAGAUCAAGGUGCUCAACGGUACCUUGUCUUUGACCUCAGCCACAAGAAACACUUCAGGAGUCUACAAAUGUCAUGUUUCUAAUUCAGAAGGCAACCUGACGCAUGCGAUGCAGUUGCAGGUCAAAGGUCCUCCAAUUAUCAUCAUUUCGCCAGAGGACACUACUCUUAAUAUGUCCCAGGAUGCAGUUCUGCAGUGCCAGGCUGACGCUUACCCUUCCAACCUCACAUAUGAGUGGAUGAAACAAGGACAGAAUGUUUACCAUAUUGAAUCUUUAAAAUCCAGAGUGAAGAUUUUGGUGGACGGAACCCUUUUAAUCCCUAAUCUAAUUCCAGAAGAUGCUGGAAACUACACUUGUGUCCCAACAAAUGGGAUACUAACUCCACCAUCAGCCUCAGCACAUCUUAAAGUGAAACAUCCAGCUCGAGUUGUACGAAUGCCUCGGGAAACCUAUUUGCCAUCUGGCAUGGAGGGGGUCAUUGUGUGUCCUGUCCAGGCGGACCCCCCAGUGCUGUAUGUGAACUGGACCAAAGAUGGGAACAAUUUAAAUCUUGACAAUUUCCCAGGCUGGAUGGUGAACUCUGAGGGCUCGGUUUUCAUAGCAACGGCAAACGACAAUGCUGUGGGCAUGUACAGCUGCACUGCGUAUAACAGCUACGGCACCAUGGGUCAGUCUGAGCCCACCAAGGUCAUUGUGCAGGAUCCACCCGCAUUCCAAGUGCCUCCUCGGCCUGAGUAUCUUCAGGAGGUGGGCAGAGAGUUGAUCAUCCCUUGUGAAGCCAAUGGAGAUCCUGCGCCAAACAUAACAUGGAGCAAGAUUGGCCCUAUUCCUCGUUCUCAGUACUUUGUGUUGGCUAACGGUUCCCUCCUGCUGCAGCCUCUCAGUAAAGACCACCAUGGGGGCUGGGAAUGCUUGGCCUCGAAUCGUGUAGCAACUGUCAGUGCAGGCACUGUGGUGAUGGUGCUUGGUACCAGUCCUCAUGGUGCGUCUUCAGUCUCUGUGAGCACAGAGAUAAACCAAGCUAAUGUAUCCUGGGUGCCUGGGUUUGAUGGUGGAUACACCCAGAAGUUCACUGUUUGGGUGAAGCAAGCAUCCAGAGGUAAACAUGAAUGGGCAUCUUUACCGGUGCCCACAUCCAAAAAUUACUUGUUGGUCACCAACCUUCUGGCUGCGACAACUUAUCAGUUCAGUGUCCUACCUCAGAAUAAACUCGGCUCUGGACCUUUCAGUGAAAUUGUUACUGUAAGAACUCAAGUUGUGCCAACAGAAGCCCCAACUAUCGUCACCACUCUACUAACACUCGAACCGCCCAUCAUCUUGUCUGCUAACCGGACACGACAAGGCGUUCUCCUCCAGUGGUCACCUCCUGAGAUUCCAUCCUCUCCCCUGACAAGUUAUGUGCUGCAGGCUCGUCGGAAUCAGGGCCAGUGGGUCAUCCUCAGCAGCAACAUCAGCGCCAAUGAGAGUGAAGUCCUUGUACAAGGACUUCUUCGCGACUCCAGUUAUGAUCUGAGGCUGAUGUCCCGCAGUAAUCAAGUGCGCAGUGAACCAAGUGAUUUUGUCAGUAUAUCGACUGCAGGGAUGGAGAUGUACCCCCUAAGCCCUAGUUUCCUGGAGCUUGUACCUGCACCCCUCCUUGCAGGCGUGGUCGCAGGGGUGUGCUUCCUUUUCAUUGCCAUCGUGCUCUCAUUAGUCACAGCUUGCUAUAUGAGAAACUGGAGAGAGCAGCGGCGCCGGAAGAGACAACAAGAUGUCCCAUCGGCUUUCCAGAAGAGUCCAUCUUCUGAAACUCGCUCUCCACCCCGCAGCCCAGACAGUGUCUUGAAGCUGAAACUGUGUCCACCUAUUCCCUUCUUCCCCACUUCCUCCUCACAUUAUGAUCGCUCCUCGUUCGAUAAAGGCAGUCGAGGAGAAUACCAAGACCAGCGCAAGCAACUUUUGGCCAACUCAUCUCCACCACCGCAUUACACACUCUUUGAGAGCCACCUGGGGUCCCAGGCUCCUUCCCCAACAUCUUUGGAGUCAAUUCACAGAGGCCCAGAUGGACGUUUCAUAAUCCAGCCUCUGAUAGAGAGUUCCAGUCCCACCAAUAAGAAAAAUCUCAAGGAUAUCUUGCAAAGCAAUGGCGGCGCAAGUGGCUCAGGAAGCAACCGGACAUCGUUUCGAGACUCCCCAAAAUCAAGCAUCCUGAGUUCCGACAAGGGUUCGCCACCUACUGUGGAUGUCCUGGAGAUCAGUAGGUCUCCCUCCUCCCCUGGAAGAGUACGGGCCAUUGCUCGGAACUUCUCCCGUCAUGGCUGUUUUUACUCUGAUGAUGAACAUGGUUCCGAGAACCUCCUGGAAAGAGCAAGUUUCUAUUCAGACAACAGUGAGAAAAAAACAAGUGACUCAAUGAAAAGGCAUCGCAAGCCAGCCCGUACUGAAGACCUUUUCCCCAUUUUAUCAAGAAGAACCUAUAUUUUGGAUAGCGAGGCAGACUGUCCACUGACCCCAGGCUAUCGACAAAUGGCCAGUCACCUUACCGAUGACAGCACACUUAUCACACAACUUGACAGUGAACUGGAGAGCGAUAACAUCCAAAAGUGCAUCCAACUGGCCAAGGAGAGGGAGGAAAUGGAGCGUGAGCUCCAACGCUACACCAGCAAUCACAGAAACCAAGAUGAUGGGAAAGAGAGCCCAAAAUGUAGCGUAUCCCAGUCAGAUGAAGAACCUGUCUGGAAACUACAAGAUGUUACGCUUCGUCAAAAACACAAGCCCUCAGGACACACAAGUCGGGUCGCAGACUAUCGAAGGGCGUGUUACUUUGGGAGCACCAGUAGUCCCACGGACCGAGUUCCUACAUCUCACAUUGAGUGGAACAUUAGCCCUGUUACCGCCGUAACGAACCUUGUUCCGGCAAAGAGCCACUGGGCGACCCCAUCGGCAGUAUUACAGCAGCUACAGCAUGCUCAUUUGUGUGCAGAACCUACAGAGUCCCUUCAUUCUCCGGUGACUCAGAACACUUCCCUUCCUGUGCCUUCCACAGAGGUGACCAUUGAAAACGCCACAGUUCGAUGCUUAGCCACGUCGCCCAGAGCCAAGUCGCUGAGCCCUCACAGAGAUUUAGAUCUGAGUAGUAAGUCCAUGACAGAAGGCCUCCAGGAAACUAGUGUCAGCGGUGCCACUUCCCGCUCUAGGAAUUCAUAUGCUUAUGGAACUCGGAAUUGGAAUCCAGCUUCUCUGAGUCCUUUAGUCUACAGUAAGCGGUCUGCGAGUCCAGCUUUUACUGUUUCAUCAUCAUAUGGAGCCGCAAAAGAUCCCGGUCCCUCAAGUAGCCCUACCUCAACUUAUGAGCAUCAGGUUAAAGCAAAUGGUAAAGGCGAUAAACACAAAGGCUGCAAUGUCCGUCACAGUUUGGGAUCAGAACCAGAAGGUGUCCGAGCACGCUCCAGAAGGAGUGAAAAAUGUUUGUUCUCUGAUAGUCCCAGCCCGAUGUCUACGUUGACUCUCGUAGAAGAAGCUGAAAGCGAUCGAUCCCAAUUUUCUGUCCCAGGCAUGUCGGGGUCAUUCAAGACCAAGCCAGCUGCAUCCCCUCCUAAAAUGUCGUCACUGCAGACGAGUGCAAUUCUGGAAUAUCUGAGCCUCCCAGGUUUUAUAGAGAUGAGUGUAGAUGAACCCGUGGAACAGGCUGAAGCUACAAAUACUGCUGGACAAUGUUUGGACCAGAAAUCUGUACAAACCACAGUGGCUAAGCCUGAUGUUGUCCCUAAAAACUGGGAAGUUCAUGUCCAAGAAAUUGAUUCAAAUAAAAUGAAGGGUUGCUUUGAACAAUCACUUUUGCCAGAAAAACGAAGGUCUAGGGCUCAGGUUGAAGCAAGGGAGAAUCUACAUCGGGUAAGGUUUCCAGAUGACAUAAUACCACGGUCACCUGCUCCAGAAAAAACUAGCAAACAACUAUACAAUGAAAAAACACAGAUUCGAGCUGAGACCAAACCCAGUGAGUCAAGACUGGGUUCCAGACCAGCUCAUACUUUGCUCAGUGCCGCAAAAGGCAUGGUGGACAUCGUGUCAAAACAUUCUCCGAGUUUUGUGGACAGUACUGAGUCUUUAUCUGAGCAACCCCAGAGACAAGGUUCUCCGGGAAAUAGGACCAAUAACAUUGCACUACGAAUAAAUCAAGCCCCGGUGCCAUUUUUGAAGAAAUCCUUGAGCGUGGGCCCUUGUAGAACACUCUCCAGUAUGGGACCCCCCCAACCUUUCCUUAAGAAGUCUAUCAGUUUUGGCUCCCCGAGGUGGGAGCACUUUGAGACCCCAAGGCCAUACAUCUCUGAGAAAUGUUACUGGGAUGAAUUCCCAAAUCCAGACGUCAGAGUCAAGUCUUACAGUUUAGGUCGUACUCCAUCUUCCUUUCUCAGGCCAGGUCCUUCGUGGAGAGAGUACAUCCCUCUCAGGCGUCCCACCAUGGGAAGCUUGGAGAGGCCCCGAUGUGCGCCAAGAUCAAGUCCCUCUUACUUUACCCCAAACAUGUACCCACCCAGAGAAAGCCCAGUCCCCCCAAUGUCGGAGCACUGCGAUCCACGACGGCAAGCGACAGUUUUUCCUGAUUCCUCAAGAUGGUCCCCGUCUUAUCCAGAUCGGCUGAGAACUGCUCAGUACAAGUAUUUCCCCAUGCCCGCCAGCGUCCCAGUUCCCACUCACCACCCCUGGCCAGUACCCAGACCAGAGAGCAUGAGUCAGAUGGACCCCAGAAUGGGCCCCCCAAGGUCCUACCUGCCCAGAGGCAUCAGCUGGCCCUCCCCCUACUCCAUGCCUUUCCCUCAGAGGGAGGCUGACAGUUACCGACUUGUAGACAGAACAAUAAGGCGGGCGGGCGAGACAGAGCCCCGAGAGGUCAGAGAAGGAGGAAGGGCCAGUUAUGCCAGUCAGAGCAGUGGGAGGGGGAGCGCCGGUCUCUUCCGCCAGUCAAUGUCCAUCACUCCCACACUGCUCAGCUCCCCCGAAACCACAGAGGAGAGUGAGCGGCACAGAGCUGAGCUGGAUCCACCUGAGAGGAGAUCGAAAAGUAGAAGGAACACGUCAGUAGAUGAAAGUUAUGAGUGGGAUUCUGCUGACGCAUGUGUGGACUCUGAAGUCCUGGAGGCCUUAAGGUUUGAUCAGUCACAAGCAAAUUUCCAGACAAGCAGAGGGAGGCUUGUGUGCGAUCAACCUGCUGGCCUCCAGGACCAAAGACACAAAGGCACGUCUCCCCCAGCCUGCCCAACUGUUUCCGACACACCUUGCAGCCAGUACCACCAAUCCCUUAGCGAGGCGCGUUUCAACGCUCUCCGGCAGGAGUACCAAGAGUACAGGCGGGCUCAGGAGUCCAUCUGUCCCCACGAGCCCUACCCCGCCCCUGGACAUGAUUCGGACUCUGACGCCAACUCAGCACUGCUCUAGAAGCAGAACUCGGUGCUGGUGAAAAAGAAAGCAAGAAGCAGACAACAGCUUCGUGAACAGUCUUGCUUGAUAUGUGGAAUGGCUCUUUGAUAAAAGCUUCAAUGGUCUGCUCAAGCAAAUUGAAAGAGUCCAAGACUGUACCGUAAAGUGGUUUGCUCACAUUUGUCAUUAAAUGGCAUUGUUUCCUUUUGGUUCCUGUUGAGAAGGAAUGAUUUUGUUUUCUGCAACUGUGUUGUGUUUUUGUUGACAAUCAGACACAGACACACCUUUGAAACAAAACUAGAAGCGAACCGCUUUGAGAAGGCGAGUAAGACCCAACAGAAAGUGAACGUGGACAAGAAUAAAAAUGAAGAAUAAGGAUAAAUUGUCCCUUUCUCUCUCGUGGUACCAACACUGCCCGCUUAGUAUAUUUUCACCACACGCUUUGCUAUUUCAUCCACGGGAACAUAUGGAAUUAUAAAUAUGGUCUUGUAUUGUUAUAAGUAUUGUUGUAAAACAAUAUUUGUUUAAUAUUUGUUGUAUAGUGGAUUUGUACGACUAGGCGGCAAGUGGCUGUAUGUAUGCUUGCUUAAAAGACGGAAAUUGAUUUUUCGCCUGUAUGAAAGCAUUUUGAUUGCACACUGCGUGACUGCGAGAGGACUUUCUCCGCAUCUCGCAGUGUGUGGCGGCCAUGACCACCAGCUCACAACACUAUGUGAAGUCAUUAUUUCAGGUUAAGUCUUUUUUUUUUUUUUUUUUUUUUUUUUAUAAAGCUUAUGACAAUUAUUUUGUUACAAAAUUGAAAUGUUCUCUGUCCUUUUCCCUAUUACUGACAUUCUUGUUCUCAAAUCUAAUAUAAUUAAUCUUCUUAUCCUUUAGUACAAGUACCUCAGGGCAGUUUGUGAUGUUAAUUAUACUUGUCAGUGAAGAUUUGUUUUUUUCAUUUGCUUCUGCUUCUCCUAUUUCCCUCAAAUAAUUUUUUAUCUUUCAGCAUGUUUAUCUGUUGAGAUGUACAAAUAUUUACUUGCAUUGAUGUAAAUAUUUAACUGAAUUAGUAUUUCAGGUAAUGUUAUAUUGCCUUUUUCUGCUUUGAGCUUUGUGCUCAUGUUUUGUGAAGUGAGUUUUAUUAUGCAAACAUGUUUACAGUUCACUGAUGUGAAGAAAGCACUGUGAAUGAUUCAGUCUUUUAUAUAGUCUGUGCCCAUGUUUUUUAAACUGAGAAAUGUCAGUGGCUUGUUCACAUGACAACCUGUGACAUUGUAAUGUACUUUGCAAACUGUUUCUACUAAAUUAACCCCAAAUAAGAAGCUACAGCUGCAGUGAUGAUUUUGGAGGUUUUGUACAAACUGAAAAUUUUUAUAUAUUGUUUUGUUGUUUUUAUAUGUUUGUAUUGAAUAAAUUGCUUUAU